UGCGCGAGAGACACUCCAAGCGAUCGGUGAAGGGUUUUGUGGGUCAUGGAGGAGGAAGGUAAAUAAAAGAGCAGCGCUAGUAACAGCAGCAGCUGGUUUCAGACGGUAACCGGGAGCUUUUUGACACUGCGGCACUGACGAGUUGUUGCGGGUACGGUUGUGAAAUCCGACCGGAGAGGACAGACCGGAGAGGAGGGACCGGAGAGGAGGGACGGUCGGUUCGGCUACAGCGAGCUUGCUGUCGGCGUUCUCAGGUGGUCUGAUUGGGUUUGCCUCAUCCUUGUGUUGCCAUGGCGAUGCGGGAGUUGGUGGAGGCAGAAUGCGGGGGAGCCAAUCCCCUCAUGAAGUUGACCAGUCACAUGACCAAGGAAGGGGGGGCAUGGCGGCACCGCUCAACACCUACAAUUCCCCCCACUACUAUAGAAAUUGCAACUGAAGAAGAGCUGGUGAAUGAGUUCCUCCAGGCGCCCCCGCGUCCCCCACACACAUUUGACAUGGGUCAGCUGUUAGAGGAAAUGCAGCAGAUUGACCAGCAGAGCUACAGACAAGCACCACAGAGAGCUCCAGAUGUGGCAGCGUUGGCCCUCUCUGGUGACUGGGCGGCCGAGUUCCUCUCAGGUCCCGACUCUGCCUCCGCACCAGGGCUCACCGCUCUUGGUGAUGCAGCAGAUGCUGAUUGGACGAGAGAAUUUAUUGCUGAGGCUGCAGAUCCUGGACGCUGGGCAGAGGAGUAUCUGGAGCAGUCGGAGGAGAAGUUGUGGCUGGGAGACCUCGGAGACAAGGAAAGCGAAUGGACAAAGGAGUACCAACCAGGAGAGGAGCUGAGGCAGACAGCCAAUGAGCUCGUCUCAAAGGUUGAUGACCCUAAGUUACAAAACACAGAGUUCCUGCGAUUCAUUAGGCAGAUUGGCGAGGGCAGUGUGACAGUGGAGAGCAGAACAGACAAACAGCUCACAGAUAAAGCUCAGGCCGAGGAGGCUCAGAACUGGGCCUCCAACCUCAACCAGGUGUCAGUGGACUCGGCUGAAGCCUGGGUAGAUGAGUUUGCCACAGCAGGACCGGAUUUCCAAGAAGCUAAAGCUGCAGUGGAGAGUGAUGUGGAUUUCUGGGAGAAGCUGCAGCAGGAGUGGGAGGAGAUGGCUAAGAGGGAUGCUGAGAGCCAUCCCUGGCUGUCUGACUUCGAUCAGCUACUCAGCACUUCUUAUGACAAGGGGUAUCAGUUUGAAGAGGACAACCCCUACUUAUCCCAUCCGGACCCUUUGUCAGAGGGAGUGAAGAGGAUGGAGGCAGGGGACAUCCCAGGUGCCGUACGGUUCUUUGAAAGUGCAGUACAGAGAGAACCAGACAACCAGCUGGCUUGGCAAUAUCUGGGAACCUGUCAGGCAGAGAACGAGCAAGAAUUUGCUGCCAUCAGCGCCCUCCGCAGAUGUAUAGAGCUGAAGAACGACAACCUGACUGCUCUGAUGGCGUUGGCUGUCAGUUUCACCAACGAAUCGCUGCACAGGCAGGCCUGUGAAACUCUUCGCGACUGGCUAAAGCACAAUCCAAAAUACCGUUCCGUGUGGGAGCAGAAUGAGCAUGAACGCCAAAAGGAUGGUGCCAGAGAAAGGGACAAGGAGAGGGAGAGGUUCGGGUCACUGCUGCCAGAAUCUUUGUUUACUGAUGUCCAGUCCCUGUUCCUGCAUGCAGCCAACUCUGACCCCGCCCAGGUGGACCCCCAGCUGCAGUGUGGUCUUGGAGUUCUCUUCAACCUCAGCGGGGAGUACGACAAGGCGGUGGACUGUUUCAGCGCGGCUCUCUCUGUCACACCACAGGACUACCUGCUGUGGAACAAGUUGGGUGCCACCCUCGCCAAUGGAAGCCGCUCAGAGGAGGCAGUGGCCGCCUACAGGAGAGCUCUGGAACUGCAGCCCGGUUUCGUCCGCAGUCGGUACAACUUGGGAAUCAGCUGUGUCAACCUAGGAGCACACAGAGAGGCCGUGGAGCACUUCCUCGAAGCUCUUUCUCUACAACGCCAGGCCGCCGUGGACGGCGCGAGAGCUGUGAGGGGGCCUGGAGUUGCCGCAGCCACCAUGAUGUCUGACAACAUCUGGUCCACCCUGCGCAUGGCCCUCAGCAUGAUGGGAGAGAGCUCGCUGUACGCCGCUGCUGACCGUCGGGACUUGGACACGUUGCUGGCUCACUUCUGCCAGAGAGAGGUCGACGGUGGGACUGAAUGAGGACUAGCGGGGGGGAGGGUGCUUAUUGAGUGUGAGUGUGUUUCGCUGGGAGGUAAAUGUCUGGGUGACUGAAUGAAGCGGAGAGAAUCAGAGGGGGUAACGGUUACGGAAAAAAUGGAAGAGGAAGACACUGUGAAUUAUCCACCAUCCUAGAGACAUCUUCUUGUGGUUCUGUGCGUUUAAAUGACUUUUAGCAAAUAUUGCAGUAUUAGUCUCUACCUGGAAGACACAGCCAGCAGUGAUACAGUCUUGUCACUGUAGUCUACAUGUGUUGACAGUCCUCACAUUUCCUCCCGCUCUGUUGAUCUGGAGAACUGGAUUUGAUUAAAUGUCACUUUUGAUUUUAAAUUUGUUCUCAAUGAAGAAACGUGAACGAUGAUGAAUCCAUUCUGUGGUCAGUAAACCAGCGAUGUGGACAGUUUGUUUGUCAGGACACUCAAUGCUCUCAGUGUUUCUUAGGUUGAACUGUAUUCUCACUACAGUUAUGUAGAUUAAAGGUACAAAUGUUGCUGUAAUACUGAAAAGAGUACUGCUUUUUAUCAGAACGAUUAGGUCGGUCCGGAGUACAAACACUAUUCAUCAGAAGAGCUACAGCAGUUUGUUUCUUUUCCUUUUUUUGUUAUGCUUUAUUUAAUUUUUCAGUAAUCAAUUAUCAGCCAGGAUGAUGAACUGACAACCAGCGGGACUGUUACUGUUAUGAUAAGGUGUGUGUGUAGUAUGAGUGUGUGUGUGUAGUAUGAGUGAGUGUGUGUGUGUGUGUAUUUGGUUGGGUGGGGGGUAUUAAUCGUGCAUCGGAUGAUAAGAUCAUAUAAUUGUAAUAUCAUUGAGAAUGAUUUCCCUCUCUUUCUCUUUUUUCAUAUUGCUCUUGUACAACUAUUUGCUUCAUUGUAAAAUAAUGCUAUAUGCCAUAUUGUGUAUUGUAACAUAAUUGUUGCACUAUAAUUGUUUUCAGGCUAGUUAAAUCCUGACUGCAAUGUUUAAUAUAAUAUUCAGCAAUAAAGCUUUGAUUCCA